AUGUCUGUUUUGCUGGUUUCUGCUGGGUAUGACCACACUAUAAGGUUCUGGGAAGCACUCACCGGUGUGUGUCUGCGGACUAUACAGCACCCUGACUCGCAGGUGAACAGGCUGGAGAUCACAAACGACAAGAAGCUGUUGGCUGCUGCUGGGCAUCAGAACAUCAGGCUCUAUGACAUAAAGACGAGCAACUCCAACCCUGUGGCGUCUUUCGAAGGGCACAGAGGGAAUGUGACCUCGGUUUCCUUCCAGCAGGAUAACAAGUGGAUGGUGACUUCGAGUGAGGACGGUACUAUCAAAGUAUGGGAUAUACGAUCGCCGUCUGUGCCCCGCAACUACAAGCACAACGCGCCCGUGAACGAGGUGGUCAUCCACCCGAACCAAGGUGAACUAAUAUCCUGCGAUCGCGACGGGAACAUAAGGAUAUGGGACCUAGGGGAGAACCAAUGCACCCACCAACUCACACCAGAGGACGAUGUGCCCUUGCAGUCGCUGUCUGUGGCUAGUGACGGGUCGAUGCUGGUGGCCGCUAAUAAUAAAGGUAACUGCUACGUUUGGGAAAUGCCAAACCACACAGACGCUUCGAACUUGAAGCCCGCAACUAAGUUCAAGGCGCAUCCUUCUUACAUUACGAGGGUGCUGCUUUCCUCUGAUGUCAAACACAUGGCGACGUGCAGCGCUGACCAUACGGCAAGGAUAUGGUCCGUGGAAGACAACUUCAACCUGGAAUCCACACUAGAUGGCCACCAGAGAUGGGUAUGGGAUUGCGCUUUCAGUGCAGACAGCGCCUACCUAGUCACUGCAUCAUCUGAUCACUACGUGAGGUUGUGGGAUCUCUCAACAAGAGAUAUAAUUAGACAAUACGGUGGCCACCACAAAGGUGCCGUUUGUGUCGCGCUCAAUGAUGUAUGA